AAAUAUUCACGUACCCGAUCUACUCCGAUUUAGCCCCAGCAAAGUUUUCUUCUGUUAAAGAAAUACACUAAUAGUACAAGGUACUAGCUACAUUUUUAUCAUCCGGGGAAAGUCUAUAAAAAAAGCUCACCAAUCAUCUAACCCCUUCGAUACACAUAUAAUUACUUAUACAGCUCAUAUAUGACUCUGGAUGUUCUAUAAGUAGGAAAUCUUAAGGGGAAUAGAAGCAAAAAUGGGCUCAAGUCAGAUCCUCACGGAAGUCAAUCUGACGUCACUCCCCAAGCUCGCUGAGGGAAAGGUGCGCGACCUGUACAGCGUCGACGACAACACUCUCCUAUUCGUCACCACCGACCGCAUCUCCGCCUACGAUGUCGUCAUGAAGAACGGCGUCCCACACAAGGGCGAGCUGCUGACCCUGCAAUCCGUGCACUGGUUCAACGUGCUAUCGGAAAGGGUGCCCGGCCUCAAGACGCACUUCUUGACCACCGACGUCCCGGCCCGGGUCUCGGCCGAGGAGGCGCGGCUCAUCCGCAACCGCAGCAUGCAGGUGCGCAAGCUGAAGGUGUUCCCGCUCGAGGCCAUCGUGCGCGGUUACGUCACGGGCUCGGCGUGGAAGGAGUACAAGGCGCACGGCACGGUGCACGGCACGCGGCUGGCGCCCGGGCUGCGCGAGUGCGACGCCGUGCCCGGCGGCCCCAUCUACACGCCGAGCACGAAGGCGCCGCUGGGCCAGCACGACGAGAACAUCUCGCGCGAGCGGGCGGCGCAGAUCGUGGGCGAUGCGUACGCGGCGCGCAUCGAGGACCUCGCGCUGCGCGUGUUCCGCGCCGGCCAGGACUACGCGGCCGAGCGCGGUAUCAUCAUCGCGGAUACCAAGUUCGAGUUCGGCCUCGACGAGACGACGGACGAGGUCGUGCUUGUCGACGAGGUGCUGACUUCGGACUCGUCGCGUAUGUGGCCGAUGGAUAAGUACGAGCCCGGCCGCGACCAGGAGAGCUUUGAUAAGCAGUUUUUGAGGAACUGGUUGACGGAGAAUGGGCUCAAGGGGAAGGAGGGCGUCGAGGUGCCUGAGGAUGUGCUGAGGGCCACGGGGGAGAGGUACGCGGAGGUGUUUCGUAGGUUGACGGGGAAGACGCUGGAGGAGGCUUUGCAGGGUUAGGGGAUGGGUAAUGUGCGGUGGGACAGAUAAGGGAAAAGGGGAAUCUUUCGAUACCUGCUAGAUAUACAACGGUUUACGACGAGGGAAAAAAAAAAGAACGUAUUGAUCAGGGCAGGUCAAAUCGUGGCAGCUAAUAUUAAGCAAAGUUAAACUAAACUACAACAAACA